AUGGCGACCGACUUCUGGGCCAGCUCGCACUACAAGCGGUGGAUCGUCGACAGGGCCACCCUCCGCCAGGCCCGGUCGGACGACAUUCAGUAUGUCGACAAUCCUGAGCACCUCGCCUUUCUCAACAUCUUUUUCGCAAACCUCAUCGCAAAGCUCGGAAAGAAACUGACUCUGAGGCAGAGGGUGAUCGCCACUGCGACCGUGUUCUUCCGCAGGUUUUACCUACGGAACUCGUACUGCGAGACCGACCCCUUCAUUGUCGCUGCCGCCUGCUGCUACGUCGCCGCAAAGGCCGAAGAGUCUCCCGUGCACAUCAAGACCGUCGUUUCCGACGCCCGUGCCGUCUUCGGUGAGGAAUAUGGCAUCAAGACAUUUCCCUCGGACAACUCCAAGCUCGCAGAGAUGGAGUUCUACCUCGUCGACGAGCUCGACUGCGACCUCAUCGUCUUCCACCCCUACCGCACCCUCAUGACCCUCUGCGGCAAGCGCGCCUGCCCCGCAUCCGAGGCCGAGGCCGGCGAAGCCGACGACGCCGCAGGCGACGGCCGAAUGCCCCUCGGCGACGUCGCCGUCCAGACCGCAUGGUUCAUCAUCAACGACACGUACCGCUCCGAGCUCUGCCUGCUCUACCCGCCGCACCUCAUCGCCAUCACCGCCAUCUACCUCACCCUCGUCUUCAACCCCGCCACGCGCGCGACCAUCCAAGCCGCGUCCGCAGCGCCCUCCUCCGCGAGCUCGACCAGCGGCUCGUCCUCGCAGCACGACGCCUCGCGCCGCUCCUCGCGCUCCGCGUCGAGCAGCAGCAAGCGCCAGCACGCGUCCGCGCCCGCGCAGCCGCCCGACCUCAUCGGUUGGAUGGCGGGCCUGAACGUGAGCAUGCCGCUCGUCGCGACGCUCGCGCAGGAGAUCAUCGCGCUCUAUGCGCUCUGGGACCGGUAUGAUGAGGACGCGGCGCAGCGCCAUGCGCAUUUGCUCCGGGGGGCGCGGGGGUCGGGCGCGGGGGCGAAGGGCCGCAGUGCGAGCGUGCUGAGUGGGAGUGCGGGCACGGGGAGUGGGGCGCAUACCCCGGAUGGGAACGGGGGCGGGAGCGCGGGCGUAAGGGACGAGAGUGAAGUUGUGACGCCAAUGUUUCUCGUGCAGCUGCUGGUGCGCAUGCGGGAGGCACGUAUGGCGGACCUUGCGCAUCCGCCGAAUGGGCGACCGGUCGCGGUGAACAAACGGCUCGAGCGCACGCAGGCGGCGGGAUGA